AUGUUACCUACAGAUAUGAUCACACUCAACGUUGGUGGUGUCAGAUAUAUUACAAAUGUUGAUAUAUUAACGCGUGAGAACGAUACUUUCUUCGCUGCACUCUUCUCAGGACGAUGGCAACUUAAGCAAGAUCCAAAUGAUAAUAGUGUCUUUAUUGAUGGUGAUGGAGAGUUAUUUAAACAUAUUUUAGAAUAUUUCAGAACGAAUAGCGUAUUCAGUGAUAUAAUGACGAAUGAAUCACUUCUUCGACGUCUUAUUAUAGAAGCAGAAUACUUUUGUAUAGACAAUCUGAUUUAUAGAUUAAAAGAACCUGAUCGAAAACGUCAACAAAAAGAAAAAGAAGAAGAAGAGCGCUUGCGAAUUGAGAAUACUUUUCCAAAUGGAACAUUACUUCGUCUAGAACAUAAAGUGAAACUUAAUGAAUUUUAUGGUAACAUUAAUCAAAGAUGGGAACUAAUAUACAAAGCAACGCGUGAUGGAUUUAGUGCCAGUGCAUUCCAUUCACGUUGUGACAAUAAAGGACCAACAAUAAGUAUUAUUCAAUCAAACAAUAACUAUAUAUUUGGAGGUUAUACAAGCAUUGCAUGGACUUCAUCUCAAAAGUAUCAGAAUGAUGAAACAGCAUUUUUGUUCACAUUAACAAAUCCUCACAAUAUUCCACCUACUAAAUAUACUAUCAGGUCUGAUCACACAACACAUGCCAUUUAUGAUGAUAGCCGCUGUGGACCUAGAUUCGGCAGCGGCACCGACAUUUGUAUAUAUGAUAGCAAUAACAGCAACAAUUUUAGGUGCAGUAUUUAUCCUCUUUCAUACGAUGAUACAACUGGCAAAGGUAACAAAACGUUCACAGGAGCUAAUUGGUUCACUAUAUCUGAGAUUGAAGUGUUUAAAUUAGCUUAA